AUGCGGACCCGAGGUGAAUACCAGGCGGCGACCAACUGGGCUUGCUGGACCCCGCACGACUCAGUCCAGCGUGAGGGGGAUUAUGACCGGCGCCAUCAGGAUGGGGAGGUCGAAUUCCGUCUCCCCGACGCUGGAGACUACCCCAGUGACCAGUGGCCUUUCAGGGCUCCCGGUGUCUGGACGAAGGAGGAGGAGAACAAGGAAACUCCUGUUAGGUUGGUGAAUGGUGAGAACUCAUGUUCUGGACGUGUGGAGGUUCUUCAUAAUGGUGAGUGGGGAACAGUGUGUAUAGAUUCCUGGGACUCUACUGAUGCUGCAGUGGUGUGUAAAGAGGUUGGAUGUCCGACUGGUGCUGAAGCAAAAAUAUAUACUUACUUUGGACCUGGUGAGGGAACAAUAUGGAUGGAUGAUGUUCAGUGUACAGGGACUGAAUUGUCACUUAAGUGGUGCAGAUUUCGUGGAUGGGCAUCACACAACUGUGAUCAUUCACGUGAUGCUGGAGUCAUCUGUCGAGAUAUAAGACUGAUAAAUGGAGCUAAUCUGUGUCGUGGAAGAGUGGAGGUCUUAUAUAAUAAUCAAUGGGGAACUAUCUGUGAUGCUGCCUGGGAUUUAGCAGAUGCUGCAGUGGUGUGUAAGAGCAUGGGUUGUGGGCUCCCUGUAGCAGCAAUGACCGGGGCCUUCUAUGGGCAGGGUGCAGGACCCGUGUGGCUGGAUAGUGUGAGUUGUUCUGGGAAUGAGUCAGCAGUAACAAAUUGUACAUCUAAGGCAUUAGGAACAAGCACCUGCAGCCAUGGACAAGAUGCUGGAGCAGCCUGUCGAGGUAAAGUGAAAUUAUUCAUGACUAAUAAUGAUACAGUUUAAUCUCUUGUGGGCUUAAAGGAGCUUCUGCUGUAUGUGAAACCAAAUUUUGUUGCAGAUAUAAAGCUGGUGAAUGGUACGGGUCCAUGUGAUGGCAGACUUCAAGUUCUUUAUAAUAAUCACUGGGGUGCAGUGUGUCACACUGGCUGGGGUCUUGAAGAGGCUGCAGUUGUGUGUAAAGAGCUGGGAUGUGGGGACCUUGUAGAGCCAUUGUCAUAUGUUGGUCCAUUUGAUGGGCCAAUAUGGAUGGAUAAUCUCAAAUGUAAUGGAAAUGAAUC